AUGUUCUUUGUGAUUCUGUGUGAGGUGAACGCCACUGUUCACGUUGAGAGUGGAUUCGGUAUUUCGGAAGAUUUACACAUCCAAGCCAUGGAAGAAUACAAGUACAAAGUUAAUGAAAGUUUUUAUUACCAAGCCAACCUUGAGGUGACUGACAUGUCAUUCUACUUUUCAUCCACUGAGGAUAUAACCCUGUUCUGUUAUCAUGUACUUGUUAAUAGAGGAGAUGGAUACCUUGCCUUACCGACCGAGACAUUAUCGACGGAAUAUAUCGUAGUAACACACAUUGAUAAUCACACUGGAGAUCAGAUUCUACUUCCUUACACUAAGACAACACAAACUGCUUUCCUCGUCGUCGCUACGGAGGAUAAUACCCAGGUGAACAUCAGUCUUAAGAUACAAGGACCCCUUAUGGCAGGUGGGUGUGGCAAUGGAACAUUCUUCAAUGGGGAGAGCAGAACGUUUACACUCAACAGGUAUCAGACUGUUGGUGCCUACUGUGCCGAGGACAUUACUGGAACACUGAUCACCAGUGAUAAACCUGUAGCUGUGAUUAGUGGACAUAAUAUGAAGUACACCACUUUCAUUAAAGAUGGCAUGCAAGAAAUGUUACUGCCUGUAAAAUCAUUUGGAAGAAGCUAUUACUUGCCAGUACCACCAUCCAUUACUGGUGGGGCUAUAUACAGAGUUGUUGGAUCAGUAGCGUCAACCUCCGUCCGCUCCCCGUACGUCAGUAAUAUCAGUAAUAUAUCCUUCUCUGUGGGUGAACGGGAGUCUCAUGACAUAACUGUUGACUCCACCACAGGUCCAGUGUACAUUGAAGCCGACAAGCCCGUCAUGGUUGUUCAGAUAGCUAUAAAAACACCAUCACUGGCACUCGUUCCACCGACCAGUUUAUACUCCAGCUCUUAUGACAUCGGAAAACCUGUUCUUCAUGCUACAUAUGACCUGAAGAAGGUGUAUAUAACAGUCAUUGUUCCAACUGACAAGGUUCUCGGAAUACGUCCACAGAUAUUUCCCCAAUUUAAGGUAAUUAAAGGAAGCUGUUUCUCUGAGGCAUCAGUGGAGUUGACAACACCAGGAUUUUACCGCCUGACCCACGUGGAUGAUGUUCCAUUUGGAGCCAUGAUGUACGUGUUUCCGUUUUCUGACACUCAGUGUGUGUUUACCCACCCGGCCGGAUUAAAUCUAACAAAUGACGUAGCUUCAGGCGGCUGCACGGUGGACCGAUGCCAGUACUCCAGUAGCUGUACUGACCUGACGACCCUGUACCAGUGUGACUGUGUCAAUGGAUCGGGAGGAGCUCACUGUGAGACGGACGGCAGCUGUGAGGAUCAGGUGGGCAAUUACACCUGUAACUGUACUGCUGGAUACACUGGCAGCUUCUGCGAGACAGAUAUCGACGACUGUGCCACAAACCCAUGUGUCAACGGUACCUGUGUCGACCACGUCAACAACUACACCUGUACCUGUGAACCUGGGUACACAGACUGGAAUUGCAGCACAGAUAUCGACGAGUGUGUAACGAAGCCAUGUGUCAACGGUACCUGUGUCGACCACGUCAACAACUACACCUGUGACUGUGACCCUGGGUAUACAGACUGGAACUGCAGCACAGAUAUUGACGACUGUGCGACAAACCCAUGUGUCAACGGUACCUGUGUGGACCACGUCAACAACUACACCUGUACCUGUGACCCUGGGUAUACAGACUGGAACUGCAGCACAGAAAUUGACGAGUGUUCAACAAACCCCUGUGUGCACGGUACUUGUGACAGCGGCGUCAACAACUACACCUGUGACUGUGAACCUGGGUACACGGACAUGAACUGCAGCACAGAUAUCGACGACUGUGCGACAAACCCAUGUGUCAACGGUACCUGUGUCGACCACGUCAACAACUUCACCUGUACCUGUGAACCUGGAUACACAGACCAGAACUGCAGCACAGAUAUUGACGAUUGUGCAACGAAGCCAUGUGUCAACGGUGCCUGUUCCGACCACGUCAACAACUACACCUGUGACUGUGAACCUGGGUACACAGACUGGAACUGCAGCACAGACAUUGAUGAGUGCGCAACGAACCCAUGUGUCAACGGUACCUGUGUCGACCACGUCAACAACUACACCUGUGACUGUGAACCUGGGUACACAGACUGGAACUGCAGCACAGAUAUUGACGACUGUGCACAAAACCCAUGUGUCAACGGUACCUGUGUCGACCACGUCAACAACUACACCUGUGACUGUAAACCUGGAUACACAGACCGGAACUGCAGCACAGAUAUCGACGACUGUGCAACGAGUCCAUGUGUCAACGGUUCCUGUGUCGACCAAGUCAACAACUACACCUGUGUCUGUGACCCUGGGUAUACAGACCGGAACUGCAGCACAGACAUAGACGAAUGUGCCAGUACUCCAUGUCUUCAUGGCGGCAACUGUACAGACAUGGUAGACGGGUAUAUCUGUACCUGUCGUCAAGGCACCAACGGCACAAGGUGUCAAACAGUCCUUGACCCCUGCGUGGCAAACCCCUGUAAAAACAACGGGAGCUGCACUCAGACAAGUGGCGGUUUUAACUGCUCCUGCCCACCCGGUAUUGUUGGCGACAGCUGCCAGACAGACAUCGACGACUGUGCUUCCAGCCCAUGUAGAAACAACGGAACUUGCAGUGAUCGAGUCAACGCGUUUAAAUGUCAAUGUCCGGCUAAUUAUAGUGGCUUUCUCUGUCAGUUUGUACUUGCGUGUGGAUGUCCUUGCCUGACCGGGGGUAACAUUACGGUCGAACAACUAGCUGCAAAGGUUGCGUUGCUUCGGUCGAUUCUGCUUGUCAACAAGGCGAUACUGUCGAAGACAAUACGAAAAAAGACAAGUGCACCGGAUGAACGUAGAUCUUCGGCGGGAAUUGGAUUAGGUGGUAUCGUUUGCCUUGUCGGAACAUUUGCGUUUUUCCUAUUUGUCGAUUGUCUGAAUUUCAUUAAGUUAAUGCCAACAAAGAAAGUACAACAAAGCAAAAUAAUAGACAUGACAAGAAGACUGCAGCACGUAAAGCAUCCGCCCAAUUAGCACUUGAAUAUGAUAGAGAGA